UCUUUGUCAAGUUGACUUUACACUUUGACAGCCCGUAAGUUGUGUAAUCUUUCCAAAAAAUAGCCUCGAAAACAAGAAAAUAUGAACGGAUUAUUCAGUUAUAAAUAUUAUGACACGCCCGAGGGCCAUGAUAUCUAUAAGAAAACAUUCGUAGCAUCUAAAUAUGCUGCGUUAAGCGGUCUUACACUAGCGUCGUGGGAUGUGCUUAUGUUCUCUCAUCCUAAGGGUUUCGCGCAGACUGUGGGCCGUUAUGGGUUCUUUAUGGGGCCGAUGGUUGGUAUGGCAGCUGCCUUUACCGUGACAACGAAUGUAGCGCAGAACAUUCGAGGCAAGAACGACAAGAUUAACUAUUUCCUGGGUGGUGUGGCUGCCGGGUCGAUAUUCGGGACUUGGUUGCGGUCCGUGACCGUGGCGGUGCCCGCGUGCCUGCUGCUAGGCUUCGCGGCCAUCGUCAAGAAGUCUGCAGUGGAUGAAGGCUGGGUGUUCUUCCCGGACACCACCAUGGCUCCUAAGAGCAUCAAAUCAGUGAGGCAUGAUUGGACUCUAGUCAAGGAUAUUGAAGAGCUGAAAACCUGGACUACUGGUACCAAACAGUAGUCAGCAUCUAGAAAUCAUCAAGAAAUAGUAGUGUAAAUAAGAUCAGCUGUAACCUAACUUAAUUAAUAAGCGUUAAUAAAUCUUGUUCAUAAAA